GCAUUUCAUUUCAUUUCUACUUUUAUUUCUGGGCAAUACAUCAAUUGUUUUUUUGUUUCGGACAAACGGGAAAAUAAAAUAUAUACGAAAAUCAAAACUUAGUCAACAACAGCAGUAAAUUUUUGUUUGAGCUGCAACAGAAAAGUAAAUUAAAUAAAACACAACACACAACACAAUUGAAUAUUGCGCGAAAAUUUCAAGUGGCAAUCCUCGGUCGAGAGUUUUUUUUUUUAAACAUUUCAAGACGAAGAUGUUGCGACAACUGCAAUUGAGAGUUCCCAUCAAAGCGGUGCAGCUCAAGCGUUCCUUGACUUACACUCCCAAGCAAUGGCAAUCUCGUGCCUUGAUCGAUGUGCUGAAGAAGCAGCAGCAGUCGAAACAGAUGCAACAUAAGGUGGAACAAUUGAUGGUCAUCAAACCCGUAACCUUGAUGGGAGGCUGCUCUAAUGUGCCACGCCUCGAGUUGCCCAUCAAGCGGCAGUACAGCGUUUGCCCCAAGCCCUACGAGUUGCAGUUGCUGCCACGUGGCAGCAGCAACCAGAACGGAGGAAACAACAACACUUGCGAUCAACAAUCAUCGAACAAUGUCGUGGCUUUGGUGCCCUUGGAGCAGUCGCAAUCGGAUCACAAGAAGCCGCAAUCGAAGAUGCCGGAACAGCAGCAGCAGCAUCAGCAGCCAUCGACUCGCAAGAUUCCAUACUACAAUCCAUUGAGGCGUCGCAGCAACGUCGAUCCGGCACGCGUUCAGUACAUCAAGGAUCGCUUCAAGGAGCGCAACAUUGAGUCCGAUGCCAGCAAAAAGACGUCGGCCAAGAAGUUUGUCUCGCGCACCACUUUGCACUCGGGUCGAUUGGACAAGAUUGAUUAGAUGAAGAAGAAGAUGAUGAUGAUACGACCUCUCCCGACUUGCCCCCGGGAUCUGUCCUGCCCCGUGUUGUGAAUAGUUAGGCCUUUCUUCACUCUCCACUUCCUUCACAUACAACUCCAAACAAUUCCCGAAUCUCACUACACAAAAUGAACAAAUGCGAAUGCGAAUUCGAAUCGAAUCGAGAUUCGCAAGCUCAUUUUACUUGAAAUAACCAUAAAUAUAUAUUUUACUGUUUGUUAGCAUUGCA